AUGUCCGCCGUCAACCGCGCCCUUUCCAAGUCGUUGCGGCUCCAAAAGACCUUCACAGCGUCGCAGGCUGCGCGGUCAGCGUCGGCCAAGUCACUUCUCCCACUCGGCAGUGGAGCAUCGCGAACCUCGGCCCUCAACGCUGCCCCUCGAUUCCUCUCCAGAGCCUCAACCACAUCAAGCUUCCACACAAUGGCCUCCCUCAAGUCAGCCGCCGCCACCACCCCCAAGCCCUCCGAGGGCGUGGGCUACGACCCAGAGAUCAAGGACAUUGCCGAUUACAUCCACAGCUACAAGGUCGACUCGGACCUUGCUUUCGACACGGCCAGGUAUGUCUUCCUCGAUACCAUCGGCUGCGGCCUGGAGGGCUUGCGCUUCAAGGAGUGCAGCAAGCUCCUGGGGCCCAUCGUGCCCGGCACCGUCGUGCCCAAUGGCACCAAGGUCUUCGGCACCCCCUACCAGCUCGACCCCGUCAACGGCGCCUUCAACAUCGGCGCCAUGAUCCGGUGGCUCGACUACAAUGACUGCUGGCUGGCCGCCGAGUGGGGCCACCCCUCCGACAACCUGGGUGCCAUCCUCGCCGUUGCCGACUGGGUGAACCGCACCAACAAGGCCGGCGGGAACCUGGCCGGCGGCAAGAUCUUCACUGUCAAGGACGUCCUCGAGGGCAUGAUCAAGGCCCAUGAGAUCCAGGGCUGCCUGGCCCUGGAGAACUCCUACAACAAGGUCGGCCUGGACCACGUUGUACUGGUCAAGGUCGCCAGCACCGCCGUUGUGUCCGGCAUGCUGGGCCUGAACGAGAAGCAGACCGCCGACGCCAUCACACAGGCCUGGGUCGACGGCCAGAGCCUGCGUACCUACCGUCACAGCCCCAACACCAUGUCCCGAAAGUCGUGGGCCGCCGGUGACGCCUGUCAGAGGGCCGUCAACCUCGUCCUCAAGGUCCAGAAGGGCGAGGCUGGCGUCCCCACCGUGCUGUCCGCCCCAGUCUGGGGUUUCUACGACGUCCUGUUCAAGGGCAACAAGUUUGAGUUCCAGCGCCCCUAUGGGAGCUAUGUCAUGGAGAAUGUGCUGUUCAAGGUGUCAUACCCAGCCGAAUUCCACUCCCAGACCGCCAUCGAGGCCUCGCAAAAGAUCUACAACCAGCUCAAGGCCGCGGGCAAGUCGGCGGCGGACAUCAAGGCGGUGACGAACCGCACGCACGAGGCGUGCGUGCGCAUCAUCGACAAGCAGUUCAAGCCGAUGGACAACUUUGCCGACCGCGACCACUGCGUGCAGUACAUGUGCGCGGUGAUGCUGACGUUCGGGCGGCUCGAGGCGACCGACUACACGGACGGGUCCGAGGCGGCCACGUCGCCGCUGGUCGAGUCGCUGCGGCAGAAGAUCAAGUGCGUCGAGGACCCCCAGUUCACGCGCGACUACCACGACCCGGCGCUGCGCACCAUCUCCAACGCCCUGACCGUCGAGCUCAACGACGGCUCCGUCCUCGAGGAGGUCGUCGUCGAGGCGCCCCUGGGCCACCGCCUGCGCCGCGACGAGGCCAAGCCCGAGAUCCUGGCCAAGUACAAGCGCCACCUCGAGCCGCACUACGGCGCCGACCGGGUCAAGCAGCUGGUCGACCUCGGCCUGGACGGCAAGAAGCUGGAGAGCACGCCUGUGGAUGAGUAUGUUGAUCUGUAUGUCGUUGACAAGAGUAAGUUCGUCGUGUCUUAG